GCUGACUUGGGGCGCCCAGUGGGCGGGCGGGCCUGCCCAACACCAUGGACCAGGACUACGAGCGGCGCCUGCUCCGGCAGAUUGUCAUCCAGAACGAGAACACCGUGCCGGGUGUGAGUGCCCGCGUGGCGGAGAUGAGGCGCACCCUGACCCCUGCCAACUCGCCCGUGUCGUCCCCGAGCAAGCACGGCGACCGCUUCAUCCCCUCCCGGGCUGGUGCCAACUGGAGCGUGAACUUCCACAGGAUCAAUGAGAACGAGAAGUCUCCGAGCCAGAACCGCAAGGCCAAGGACGCCACGUCUGACAAUGGCAAAGACGGCCUGGCCUACUCGGCACUGCUGAAGAACGAGCUUCUGGGUGCGGGCAUCGAGAAGGUGCAGGACCCACAGACUGAGGACCGCAGGCUGCAACCCUCCACGCCCGAGAAAAAGGGGCUCUUCACGUACUCCCUCAGCGCCAAGCGCUCCUCCCCCGAUGACGGCAAUGAUGUGUCUCCCUACUCCUUGUCCCCUGUCAGCAACAAAAGUCAGAAGCUGCUGCGAUCGCCACGGAAACCCACCCGAAAGAUCUCUAAGAUCCCCUUCAAGGUGCUGGACGCGCCCGAGCUGCAGGACGAUUUCUACCUCAACCUGGUGGACUGGUCCUCCCUGAAUGUGCUCAGCGUCGGGCUGGGCACCUGCGUGUACCUGUGGAGCGCCUGCACCAGCCAGGUGACACGGCUCUGUGACCUCUCCGUGGAAGGGGACUCCGUGACUUCCGUGGGCUGGUCUGAGCGGGGAAACCUGGUGGCCGUGGGCACGCACAAAGGCUUCGUGCAGAUCUGGGAUGCAGCCGCAGGGAAGAAGCUGUCAGUGCUGGAAGGGCACACGGCGCGUGUAGGUGCGCUGGCCUGGAACGCGGAGCAGCUGUCUUCUGGGAGCCGGGACCGCCUGAUCCUGCAGCGGGACGUGCGCACCCCGCCGCUGCAGGCCGAGCGGCGGCUGCAAGGCCACCGGCAGGAGGUGUGCGGCCUCAAGUGGUCCACAGACCACCAGCUCCUGGCCUCGGGGGGCAAUGACAACAAGCUGCUGGUCUGGAACCACUCGAGCCUGAGCCCCGUGCAGCAGUACACUGAGCACCUGGCCGCCGUGAAGGCCAUCGCCUGGUCCCCGCACCAGCACGGGCUGCUGGCCUCGGGCGGGGGCACCGCAGACCGCUGCAUCCGCUUCUGGAACACUCUGACGGGGCAGCCGUUGCAGUGCAUCGACACUGGUUCCCAGGUCUGCAACCUGGCCUGGUCCAAGCAUGCCAACGAGCUGGUGAGCACGCACGGCUACUCGCAGAACCAGAUCCUGGUGUGGAAGUACCCCUCCCUCACGCAGGUGGCCAAGCUCACCGGCCACUCCUACCGCGUCCUCUACCUGGCCAUGUCUCCCGACGGGGAGGCCAUUGUCACGGGUGCCGGGGAUGAGACGCUGAGGUUCUGGAAUGUCUUCAGCAAAACCCGUUCAACAAAGGAGUCCGUGUCCGUCCUCAACCUCUUCACGCGGAUCCGGUAGAGGGGGCGCCCGCCGGCCCAGGACCCUGAUGCUCAUUAAAGUCUCAUUCUCAACCCUCUGGGCCGCUGUUUGGGGCGGGCUGGGCGGACACCCCAGAACUGCCAGCCUGCCU